GUCCGGGGCGCAUGCGCCGGCCGCUUGGCCCUGGGGCUCGCGAGAGGCGGGGGCCCGAGGUUGUUGUGAAGCUGUUGGAAGCACGUGAAGCGCGCAACGUCAUCAUAAACACUAGUAGGGGAAAUGGCGGCUCCGGGGAGCGGAAAGGUUGUGUAUGAACAAGAAGGGGUUUUCAUUCAUUCAUCCUGUGCAAAAAAUGACGACCAGGACAGUAUAAUAUCAGGAGUACUACGUGUCAUAGAAAAGGAAGCUGAAGUAAUAGUAGACUGGAGACCAUUGGAUGAUACUUUGGACUCUUCCAAUAUCCUCUGUGCUGGAAAGGAUUCCAGUUCAGUUGUAGAGUGGACACAAACCCCUAAAGAAAAAUCUCCACGAGGGUCAGACCACCAGAAUAAUUAUGAGGCAGAAUGGGACAUGGUCAACACAGUCUCGUUUAAAAAGAAGCCACGUUCUAAUGGAGAUGCUACAACUCAUGCAAAUGGAGAAAGCAAGUGGUCAUUCCAGUUCAGUUUGACAGAUCUGAAGUCAAUCAAACAAAACAAAGAAGGCAUGGGAUGGUCUUAUUUGGUAUUCUGUCUAAAGGAUGAUGUCAUCCUCCCAGCUCUUCACUUCCAUCAUGGUGAUAGCAAAAUAUUGAUUGUGUCCCUUGAAAAAUAUGUGGUGUUGUGUGAAUCUCAACAGGAUAAAAGAAUUCUUCUUGUCAAUUGUCAGAACAAGAGUCUUUCACAGUCUUUUGAAAAUCUCCUUGAUGAACCAACAUAUGGUCUAAUACAGGUAGAGCAACUAGACAGAAGAAAGACAUUUUGGGCCAUUCACCAUUGGAAAAAAUUGAAGAAGGAUCCAUAUACAGCAACUAUGGGAGGAUUUUCCAAAGUGACAAACUAUAUUUUUGAUAGUUUGCGAGGAAGUGACUCUUCAACUCAACAGCGACCACCAUCUGAAAUGGCAGACUUUCUCAGUGAUGCUAUUCCAGGGCUAAAGAUAAAUCAACAGGAGGAACCAGGAUUUGAAGUUAUUACACGAAUUGAUCUAGGUAAACGACCUGACGUUAUCAGAAGAGAGCCAGUGUCUGCUGAAGAAUGGACUAAGAACAUGGAUUCAGAAGGAAGAAUCUUAGAUGCUGACUUCAUAAAGCAAAUGAUAUUCAAAGGGGGACUCUGCCAUGCUUUGAGAAAAGAAGUAUGGAAAUUCCUUUUGGGUUAUUUUCCUUGGCACAGUACCAGAGAGGAAAGAACUAAUUUGCAAAAAAGAAAAACAGAUGAAUAUUUCAGGAUGAAACUUCAGUGGAAAUCAGUCAGUGAUGAGCAAGAAAAACGAAAUUCAAGAUUAAGAGACUAUAAGAGUCUUAUAGAAAAAGAUGUAAACAGAACAGACCGAACAAACAAGUUCUAUGAAGGCCAAGAUAAUCCAGGAUUGAUCUUGCUUCAUGACAUUUUGAUGACCUAUUGUAUGUAUGACUUUGAUUUAGGGUAUGUUCAGGGAAUGAGUGACUUGCUUUCUCCUGUCUUGUAUGUCAUGGAAAAUGAAGUGGAUGCCUUUUGGUGCUUUGUAUCAUACAUGGAUCAAAUGGUAAUGUGGACAGAGUUGCCUUGCCAGAAUUUUCAUCUUCUCAUCUGUUGUGCUAUCCUGGAAUCUGAAAAGCAGCAAAUAAUGGACAAGCAUUAUGGUUUUAAUGAAAUACUAAAGCAUAUAAAUGAACUGUCUAUGAAAAUUGAUGUGGAAGAUAUACUCUGUAAAGCGGAAGCAAUUUCUAUCCAGAUGAUGAAUUGCAAGGAAUUGCCUCAAGCAGUUUGUGAGAUCCUGGGGAUGGAGAACAGUGCUGUAACAACACCAGAUUCAGACACUGGAGAAGAUGAAAGUGUUACUAUGAUGAGUCGUUCUGCAUCAACAUAUCAAAAUAUCUCAAUGCCUGUAACUGCUGCCAACGGAACAAAAGAUAACGCACAACAUAUGGCUGUGACACAUAGUGCCCAUAGAUUGACACCUACAUAAUUCACUUGGUUAAAUUCUUGAAGAGACACUUUACUGCAGCUCUUUUUCCAAGCACUUGAGAGGUGGAUGUUUAAAAUUUGGUGUUUGAUUAAGCUUUAAGGUUUUGGAAAGAAAUUCUGUACUGUAAUGCUCUUGCAUUAAAGCUUUACAACAUGACCUGACCUAAUUAUUUUUGUAGUUACUUCUACCGAAAUAGCCUUUUGUUUUCAAUAACAUUCCUUACUAUUUUUGUAGCAAAGUGCAUUUCUUUUUUGGUGAUGAACUGGAAAUGGCUAAUAGUUACAAGGUGGGUGAUUUGGAAAUGAUGCAUCUGCUGAGUUUUGACUUUUAUUAUUCUAAGCUUUGGUGAUUCUUUGGUUUUGAUCAGAUUCAAAAUGGGUGAACUGAAGCUCCUGUGCAGCAUUUCCAUGCUGAAAAGAUGCUGAUUUCCAGAAGAGGAACAUUUUGUAAAUGAACAGAGGUUUUUCCUUCUCAAAUGUUUACAAAAAUAUUUGUUGCUGUUUGAAUGUAGAUUUGAAAUGGACGUUUUGACUUAUGACGUUUUAAUGUCCAGAUGCUGAAUUUUGUGUAACCCAGGAAUGGACAAACAAUAUAUUUUUUACAUUUAACAUCUCUUCACUUACAUAUAUAUACUAUCUACAUAAGCAAUUAUGUGUGAAUACUAAAAGGAUAGGCAUAUUUUCAAUAUUUGAAUAAACUUCACUGUUCAUUAGUCAGUUUGACCAAAUUAAUACACAACAAUUUCAACCUGGGGUCUUUUUGAAAACUAUUUUCUAAAUAAUAACUAUUUCUUGUGGGCAUGAUCAGUCCUACGCCUGGUGUAAUUUUACAAUUAAUUUCUUGCAAAGUUUAUCUUUACCAAUAAUGUUUAUUAAAUUUGCUAGUAGUAUAUUAACUGAUCAGUAAACUCCUACUUAAACUGUUUCUAUGUCCGACUCCUUAGGGCAUUUAAAAGCAGGUACAAAACUAUUGGAAAAUAGUAAUCACAAUGAUCUUAAUAAAACAUUCUUUUGUAUAUGAAAAAGGCAGUGUGAGUUUAUACCAUGCCAUGCUGUAUGAUCUUCUUAAGUCUUGUGGUAUUUAACAAAACUGAUUCAAUAUAUUCAUUGUUAUUUUGCAACUAUUGUACAUAUUAUAAAAUAAACCUCAAAACCAA